AUGGCAAGCUUAAGGAGUCGCGGCCGGUCAGCAGCCACAUCGGAUAGCGUGCCUGGCUGCUCGCUUAGGAUCGGAACGAGAGAGGAAGAGCACCGUAUCGGCCUACAGCGCAUCUCCUACAGGUGUAACUCUUCUCGUCGCCACCAGGCACUUGCGCUGGAUAUUCUUUGCAUUGCCGUACGAACACCUUGGGAGUCGAAAGAUGCAGAAGGACUCUCCUUUGAUCUGACGCAGCCGUGGCCAGUAAGCAGAGUGUCGAUGCUGGUCGCUACGGCCAUUCGCAUCGGCAGCCUUCCGGCCAGCUUGGUGAGCCACGAGGCUGCUCGAUCUCCACGCACUCCUCAGAGAAGCUGCCACGGUGCCACCACGAGUACGUGCGUAUGUGCAGAGUACAGAUCCACGCCAGGCGGGUCUCAUCGACAUCGCCGUACCUGGCUGCCUGCCCCUCCUUUCCCUUUGGGUGGCUGGUCAAGAGAGGGGCAGGCUAUGUGGCGCGCUGUGCGGCCUUGCCCCUGUGACGGUUGCUGGGUCGCUGGCUCAUGCACGUCGAGCUUGCCGACUGCAAUGCGCAUCGAAACGAGGCAGCCGCGGUGGGCUAGGUACCCUACCUAG